GGAUGUUUUCCGACGGAAUCGAGGUUGGAUACUGACUAAAAUCAUCUGGCAGCGCCAGCAUGAUACCGCAAUAGCGUGGAUUGGCACGUGAGCGGCUCUGACAUGUACAUACAUACACUGACACCUCCACAACCCUGCGAUGUAUGGCUCUGGGAGGCGUGGUUUGCCCUAAUAAGGGAUGUUCCCCACGUUAAAUACAAUCAAUCAAUCAAUCAAUCAUUUAUCGAGGAUCUCGAACACGAAGUAAAGUUCUAUCAGGCCCUCCAGCCGCUGCAGGGUAGAGCCACUGUGAGAGGCGCAGUCAAUCCCGUAACAGCCACGCCUAUCUUUCUCGGGGCGAUCGACCUACGUUCGAUAUCACGCACUUGCUACUACGACUUCCGAGUCCGAGUUCAAUACAUGAUGUUUCUAUCCUGGGGUGGUGAUAGCUUGGACUCCGUGCGCACUGCGGGCGAUGAUGGAAAUCUAAGGCGACAAUUGAUUCAUGCCAUCCGUGGCUUGCACACUUGUGGGGUCGCGCACAAGGAUCUCCGGUGUCCUAAUGUGCUGAUAAACCGAGAGACUGGACAGAAUAGGAUAUGCGAUUUCGAAAGGGCUGUUUUGAUGAAACGUCCUCGGCUCCCUCUUGGGUCUGUGGUGCCAAAUAAGAGAAGGUUCCCGACAAGAGACAGCGGGGGAAAGGUGGGUCGUAACUUGCCUUGUGAGCGGCAAAUGUGUGAAGACUUGAACGCAGUCAACAUGAUAUGCGUGCAACAGAUAUGAGGUACAUCGGCGUUUGGACUUAUCAAGGUUGAAGAUUUAUACGAUGUCGGAGUUUAGCUGUUCGAUGAUGAAGUGGGCGGGAAGCGGGUAAUCAAAAUCCGCG